GCAUCGACCUCUAAGGGGCAAGACGCACACUCGCUCCUUGUCCAAGAUAUGUCGGACGCUGCCAUGAAGGUUGAUCCGGAUUACUACAAUAGAAGUCUGCUCGAGACGGACACCCGCAUGGAUCAGUCGAGAAGGGCAGCAGCAACAGGAGCAGGAGGUGCUCAUUCUGCCCCGUCCUCUUGGGGUGCCGGCGGAGGGGGCGUCGGAGGGGGCAGUGUUGGCGGAAGAGGAGGCUUGCCUGACCUGCCCGACUACCUUGUGCGGCAGCACUCGCUACUCGGGUUGUAUCUGUCGCUCAAUCCGGGAGAUGAAGCCGACGCGGAGCGACACUGGGGCUUUCCGCAGCACCAGCGCGCGGCCCUCGUGGGCGCGACUGUAGUGGUACCGCUCCUGCUGGCCGUCUUCCUCACUGGGUCUUGGCUGUGGAAAGCAAGCGUGAUCGCGGUGGCAACCGUGGGCGCCCGGCUGGUGCUAAGCUUCGCUCUGGCCACGUUUCCGGACAUCGAAGUCCCCUUUCAAGGACACGUUCUGGCGGUGUGGCCACACUUCACCAUCGGCACGUUGGCCGUCAUGGCACUGAUCUGGUUUGUAUGCGCGGCUGCAUCGGGGACCGGUUGGAGCACGCUAUGGCUGGCUUUCACUUCGCUCCUGCUCCUUGCUUGCGCAGAGGCUGGUCUUCGGGGAGGCAUGUGGCACUUCCAGUGGUGGGAGCCCGCCACUCGUUUCUCUUUCCUGAAGCCAUGGGGAGACGCCUACGGCCCGGUUGCUACUGGGCCCGGGAGAGGUGGGGCUGGGUUCGGGACCCCGCAACCCAGUUCGUACGCCCCCCCGCGCCCCAUGGCGUCGUCAGCACCAGCGCCAGCACCUCGACAAGCAGAACAGCCGUACCGCAGCCCCAGCGGCAGCGGCGGAAGCGAGGGUGUUGCCGUUGGCAGCGUCGGCGGUGACGGGGGUGACGUGGUUGGGUCGGGGGGAGUGAACGGGGGCAGCCCCGCUGCCGCCGUGGUUGCCCAGAAGGAGGAGAGCUCCGGCUUGUUGGAAGAGAACAGCAAGGAGAUGGGGGACCUCGAGGACAUCUUCUCGGAAUCUGUCUAGGCUGUUGAAAACAUACAUGCACUAUUAAUAUGUAGAAGCAGCAGCAAGCGCACCAACCUGCUCGCGAAAGGAAUCCUGUGGGCGCGUUUCCUAUUUUUGGAGGCGACGGUGGAGGUGGGGUUCGGGACACGUGGAAGCUCUCCGGUGCUGCGCUUACUGAUUGAGCCGAUGAGAGUUUUGUUGAGUUUUAGAACAUUAGGCAUAGCGCGACUGGUGGUGGGCGCGUCCAUCCUGAAAAACAAAUGAUCGAGGGCAGUGGAGUGCGCGAGUAAGUCACCACAUGAACAGCGACGAGGUCGAGAAGAGCGCGUGGUGGCUCGCGGCCCGGGGUUUGUUUGCGUGUUUAUGUUUUCGCAGGUUUUGCGAGGGGAUACGCUUGCACGUAAAGCAACGCGGGGUCACGGCGGUGGUCAGGCAUGUCGCUGUCGACAAGUGCGACUUGCGAACCUUGACCACCUGCCCGUGGGAGGAGUUAGCAAAGCCCUUGAUACCAACCUCAAAGAAACACGUGUGACCCCAACUGGGCUUGGUACGUUUCUUUCCUCCGUUCUGUAUACUUAGAUACUGUACAGGUGGGACACGGGUGGUGCUGUUUUUGCAUGGGGCGACGAGAUUUUUUUUCAGCAGUCGGCUUGCGAUACAUCUAACAAGGCUGGUGCUGUACACCAUGGAAACGCUGAAGUAGACGUUCCAGCUCUCACAUG